AUGCGUGAUCGUUUUGGCAAUCUUUGCCUCUUGGAUGAUGCAGAAAAUGAAAAGUUUGAUGCAUCUGAGGAUUUCACCGUGACAAUAACCGAAGUUCUCACAAUCAAGGAGUUCAUCCUACGAAUAAUCCCCAAACGCAUCACCUCAUUCCGCCUUUCGCCAUCUACAAAGUUCUACUUUGUUCGCAACUACAAUCACGUACUGAAAGGCAGCAGCAGCUGCAGCAGCGCUGACAUCUUCUCCAGUGCUUCAUCAGACUUUGACAUCGCCUCAUUGUCUAGUGGUGGAGGUGCUUCCUUUUCAAGCGACCACUGCCCGAAUGCUGACCAGUUCUUAAUAAUUGACGAUGGCUCUCAAACACCAGUGGAGCUGAUGACACCUGAGCGCAACAUUAUAGUGGCCGUCUUUACGUACUUUUUGCUGAGCAAAAUUGGCGGCAGCGAAACAUUCCACGAUAAGCAGGAUUUCUUCAACUCCGAAGUUCGUCGAUACCACGCCAAGAGCAUCCACACUCCGGGAAGGGUUCACUUGAAAAUUGAUCGAAGUGACCUGCUCGAGUCCUCUAUCAAGGCCACUCGCUCCUUUAGCAUCUCUGACUGGUGCAAGCGUUUUGAAAUUGAAUUUGACGGCGAGAUUGCUCUCGAUUUCGGCGGAGUUCGACGUGAAUGGUACGAGUUGCUGUGCAGGGCGCUAUUCGAGCCCCAAAACUCCCGAAAUGACGUGGCUCUAUUCAUGCGCUUUCAAAAUGACAAACAAGGUCUCAUUCAUCCGAACCCGAACUCUAAUGCCCGACUGUUCUACUAUGAGUUUGCCGGUCGAAUCGUUGGAAAGAGUCUGCUAGACACUGCGCUGGGCUCAAGCAGCAAGUGCUAUGUCAAAGCUCGGUUCACUCGAUCUUUCCUCGCACAGCUGAUUGGUCUUCGAGUGAACUAUCGCUACUUUGACAAGGACGACCCGGAGCUGUACGUGCAGAAAAUCAAGUUUAUCCUUGAAAACAAUGUCUCUUUGCUGGAUCUCUUUUUCGUGGAAGAGGAGUACGAGUCAGGCAAACUGGUGCGCACCAUUGACCUGAUUCAGCAAGGUUCGCGAACUCGAGUCACCGAGGAGAACAAAUCGCGCUACCUUGACGCCCUGGCUCAGUACCGCCUGUCAACCUGUGUGAAGGAGCAAGUGGAAGCAUUCCUCAAGGGACUGAAUGACCUCAUUCCCGAUAAUCUACUGUCCAUCUUUGAUGAGAACGAACUUGAACUACUUAUCUGCGGCGCUGCCACCUACUCAGUGUCUGACCUGCGUCUCAACCACAUUGUCACCGGCUCAACCUAUGAUUUCCAAAGAGUUGUCGACUGGUUUUGGCGCUCGGUGAAUGCCUUUUCCGACGAGGAGUUUGCCCGUCUGCUGCAGUUCACCACCGGCUGCUCCCACCUUCCUCCUGGCGGCUUUGCCGACCUCAAUCCACGCUUUCAAAUCAGCUCCUCUCUGACCUACGCGACACUGCCCACGGCGCACACCUGCUUCAACCAAAUAUGCCUACCUGAUUGUGACUCCUUUGACGCUUUUGACCGCUCCUUGCGCAUUGCCAUCACCGAGGGCAGUGAAGGAUUUGGCUUGAUCUAA